AUUUUUCUGUACUUUCUUUUGGAUUCCAAUUGACGCAAGAAUCAAAAACACAGUGAACUCAACUCUGCUACAGUACUGCGGUUGCUAAACCGCGAACUCCGAGCUUCAACAAUGGCGGAAACUAACCCUACUACUAAAUCUGAGAGAAUUUCUUCCAACACUUCAUCUGCAACACCAGAUAUGGCGCCGAAGAAACUCUUUCAAUCUCAAAUUGCGUCGAUUAUUAAAGCGUAUUGGAUUCCGGCGACGCUUUUCUCUCUCUUCUUACUCGUUCAACUCGUUUUCCUCCCCAACGCAUUUCCUCCUUCUCAUUACGAUGUUCUUCGCGUCGGAAGACUCAGUUCUAUUGAACAAGUGAAAGAGGCUUAUGAUGAUUUAGUUUCCAAGUGGAAUUCAGGUGCUGAGCUUCCUACAACAAAUGAUUUUAUCGAGAUUCGAUAUGCUUAUGAGUUGCUGACUGAUCCAUUAUGGAAGAGAGACUAUGACCUAUUUGGCAUUGACGAGCAUCAAUAUGUUUUGGAGAACAUCUUGCAGCUCAAUUCUGAGAAGGAAUACACUUCAGUGAACCUUCCUCUACUUGCUUCUACAGAAUCUCAUAAUAUUGAUCUCAACUUCAUUUCUGCUGGAGAUAUCCAGUCAGUUGUAGGUGGUCAGAGGCCGUUGUUAAUCCAGGUAUAUUCAAAUGGGAGCAAUUCAUGCAAACAAUUUUCGAGCCAAUGGAAGAAAAUUGCUACUUUGCUGGGUGAGAUUUCUGAUACUGGUGUAGUGGAGCUUGGGGAAUAUAAGCUUGCUUCACAACUUGCAGAGCAGAAAACUAUGGGGCAACUUUUCUUCCGAAAUGGUCUUCCUUCUCUGAUUGCAUUUCCCCAAGGGUGUAGAACUUCAAACUGUCUUGUUAGGUACGAAGGAGAUCUCUCUGUUGAUGCGGUUACAGAUUGGUUUGCAAUAAUGAUACUGAAGUUACCUCGCAUUCCGUAUUACACAAAAGACUCACUGGGACCAAGAUUCUUGGCUAAGAGUAGUUAUCACAAGGUAAAAGUCAUGUUCUUCUCGGACACAGGGAUGCGUGCAACACCAUUUAUGCGACAACUUGCCAAGAACUAUCAGGAUUAUGCUUCCUUUGCUUGUGUUCUUUGGAGGGAAGAGGAAUAUGCCUAUUGGUGGUCAAUAUAUGAUGUUGAAUCAGCUCCGGCCACUGUCUUCUUGAGAGAUCCAGGCGCUAAACCUUUGGUCUAUUAUGGGCCUGUGAACAGUUCGUGGUUUGUGGAUGUUAUGGAAGAUAAUAAACUGCACGAGCUUCCGCAAUUGAGGACCAUGACAUCAAUGGAGUUAGGUUGCGACUCACGUGGCUAUUCUCGUGCUGGGAUCAGUACUGAUAUAUGGUAUUGCGUCAUUGUUAUAGGAAGGUCAAGCCAUGAACUGGAUGAAAUGCGUGAGAUUCUUCGCAGGGUCCAACAAACAUUAUCGGAUAAGAGUUCUCAGGAUGCGCCUUAUACCAAUGAGGUGGCAGCACAUUCGGCUUCUGCACUUAAAAACAAGCGAUUAACGUUUACUUGGUUAGAUGGAGAGGUGCAAAAGAACUUGUGUAUGUUCUACAUUGGUGGUGAGCUUAGCCUGGAAUGUUGUGGUCCAAGAAGAGGCCUUGAAGAUACACCACAAGUGGUAAUGGUCCGUUACAUGAGAAAUGAGUCAGUUGAUGAUCCUAAAGAUAAGAGAUCCUCCACUAGUAUAUUUGACAGUCUUAAGGAUGACGUUGAUCCUGUAUCUCAACUGGUAGCACGAUACAAUGGCUCCGCUGAACCUUUACAGAUUAUUGAAUGGAUUUCGAACAAUAUCAAAGAUGGUGACUCGGCCAAACUUCCUUUCUAUAGAACAAAUACGCCCGAGCUUGUUUCUGAGAACCCAGAUCCACUUUGGUUCGUUAGUAGUGAAAAAAUUCUUUCCACUAGAGAUGGAAUAAAACUCAAACUUCAGAGAGUCCUAUCUGGUUGUCAUGAUCUUUCUGGUGAUCCAAGGAUUGGUCCAAUGUUACUUCUCGGAGCAGUAUUAACUUUUGGUGGAAUCUGGCUCCGUCGCAGUCAACCAACUCCUUCAACUGACUCUAGUCAGUCAAAAGAAACCCAUACUAAGAAACAAAUCCCAGAAGAAUGGAAAAAUAGAAGAAGAAGAAAUAGUGCAACUGCAGAAGUUCCUCCUUCAAUGACCGACACGGAACCAAAAGGUUCUUAUCAAAUGGAGUUCUCAGAUUCAGACUGAGUAGAAUUUCGUCACAUAGCUCCAAUUUCAGAGGACUGUAACCUUUUCUGGAGCAGCCAUCUGGCUCAUGAAUACCACCAAAUUAACAGGGGUGUGUCAAAUGUUGUUGUAAUGAUUGAAGUUCUAGAUGGAAUAUUUUGUCAUAUUGCAUAAAGAGCUCUUUUGUACAUUAACCCGCCUACAAGUUGGAAUUUUGUGUACAACUUUGUUUUAGACCGUAGACUAUUGUAGAGAUGCGGAGUAGACAAGACAUUGAUAUAGAGUAGUUAGUGUCUUAGUGAUGCUCAUAAUAUUAUUCAUAUUUGUAUACCUACAUACAGUCUUUGAGAUCA